AGUCCUGGUCUCCUUCUUGUGAGCCACCCUGACGUCCCUGCCCGAGGUUUUCACGUUUCAACUUCCGGUCCCCUCGGCUCCUCCCGCCCCGAGUGGGCCGGGCCGGGUCGGGCAGCUAGCCGAGCUCGAGGUGGGGGGGUGGAGGCACCCAAAGAGCUGCCGCGGGUGUCCCCGGGCGCGCAGCGGAGGCAGCGCUGGGACUCGGAGUAGGCGCCCGGACCAUGAGCGCUGCCGGGCCCGAGCCCGGGCCGGGGGCGAGGGCCCCAGUGAGCUUCGCCGAUGUGGCCGUGUACUUCUCCCCGGACGAGUGGGGACGGCUGCGCUCCGCGCAGAGGGCCCUCUACAGGGACGUCAUGCAGGAGACCUACGGCCACCUGGGCGCUCUGGGUUUCCCAGGCCCCAAACCCGCCCUCAUCUCCUGGAUAGAGCGAGAGCCAGAGGCCUGGGGUCCGGAUGCCCGGGACCCCGAGGAGAAAGGGAACACCCCGAGGGAAGACUGCCCAGCAGCAUCUGGAAAACAGAAUAAGAAGAGGUGGAGAGAAGGGAGUGGAUUCCAAGAAACUCAAGAGUCUGUAAAAGAGGUACCACAUGCUUUCCCCCAGGGUGAUGGAGGCACACUCCACCAGUAUAUGCCCAAUCUGAAGAGGCCCUACCCUUGCCCUGAAUGUGGACGACAUUUUGCAUUUCCUUCUCUACUGGACAGUCACUUGCGUGUGCACUCUGGGGAACGUCCUUUUGUCUGUGCAAAAUGUGGGGCUCGGUUUUCACAACGGAAAAACCUCAUCCAACACCAGCUUGUCCAUACAGGAGAGAAGCCCUUUCUGUGCCCAGACUGUGGGCACUGUUUCCGGCAAAGUGGGUCCCUGGCCAUCCACCAGCGCACACACACAGGUGAAAAGCCCUACUCCUGUCCUGACUGUGGGCGCUGCUUUGCCUAUCCCUCCCUGCUCGUUAGCCACCUACGGGUGCAUACAGGAGAACGACCCUAUGCCUGCACCCACUGUGGAGCCAGAUUUUCCCAAAGGAAUAACCUUGUCCAGCACCAGCUCCUCCACACAGGUGAGAAGCCCUAUCCCUGUCCUGACUGUGGGCGAUGUUUCCGGCAAAGUGGAUCCCUGGCAAUACACCGUCGGGCACACACGGGUGAUAAACCGCACCCCUGUUCUGACUGUGGGCGCCGAUUUGCUUAUCCUUCCCUCUUGGUGAUCCACCAACGAACCCACACAGGUGAGAAACCAUACUCCUGCCCUGACUGUGGACGCCGCUUUGCCUAUCCCUCCCUAUUGGUCAGCCACCAGCAUGUGCACUCUGGUGAACGUCCUUACCCCUGUGUACAGUGUGGGGCACGGUUUGCCCGCCGGGAGAAUCUUGUCCAGCACCAACUCAUUCACACGGGUGAGAAGCCAUAUUCCUGUUCUGACUGUGGGCGCCGCUUUCGGCAGAGUGGCUCCCUAGCCAUCCAUCGUCGUAAACACACAGGAGAGAAACCCUACCCAUGUCCUGAAUGUGGGGUCUGUUUCACCUAUUCCUCUCUACUGGUCAGCCACCGGAGGAUUCAUUCUGAUGAGCGCCCCUUCCCCUGCACUGAGUGUGGGAAAUGUUUUAAGAGGAAGUAUGCUCUUGAAGCACACCAGUGGGUCCACCGGUCUGGCACUGAGAAGAGGCAGAGUGGGAGAAGUGUUCUUCCUCAAGCUUCUGUGAACAGGGUCCAGGAGCCCCCAGUGUAUUUCCGGUACUACCCAGAUAUAUUCCAGGAGUGUGGGUGAUCAAGUCAUUGGGGAGGGAAACAUGAACAAACAGGUAGUGCCAAUCUUUUCCAUAAAGUCCAAGGUAUAGCCAUGGGGUUGUUCCACUGAAGAGGAUGAUGGAAAGAUGUAAGAAGGUCUAGGGGAAAAUGACAAAUUCUGGAAUAAAUGGCAGGAUUAAGGAAACCAUAAGAGAAAUAAAAGAAAUGACCAAGGUUAAA